AUAGACAGAAUAUUUUACCACUGCUAAGAUGAAGAGUGAAUUUGGAAGACAAAUUAUUCCAUUUUCAUUCAGCUCAUCUGCCUGUUCAGCUGAGAAUACUAUGACAGAUGUUCUUGCUAGUCGAUAUCAUGCAUCUUCGAGUUUUAGACGAAGUAAAAUAGGUUCUGCAAUAGGUAGCAUGAGCAAGAUUGUUGAAAGAGUAGACAAUUUUGCACAAGGCAUUCGAGAACAUGUGAGAAUAGGAUCCAAGAUAAGUGAAACUGUGAAAGGAAAGCUGAGUCUGGGAGCGAAAAUCAUACAAGUAGGCGGAGUAAAGAAGAUAUUCAAACAGAAUUUUAAUACCAGAGAAGGAGAGAAACUAUUGAAGGUUUCUCAGUGUUAUCUGUCCACAACAGCUGGUCCAUUAGCAGGCUUACUCUUUGUCUCCACCGAGAAAGUUGCCUUCUGCAGCGAAAGGACAAUGAAAGUUUUUUCUCCGAAUGGGGAGUGUAUCAGAGUGCAUUACAAGGUUGUGAUACCUCUAGGAAAAAUAAUGAGAGCUAGCGAAAGCGAAAAUGUGAAGCAACCAUCUAGAAAGUAUAUAGAAAUAGUGACACAUGAUAAUUUCGAGUUCUGGUUUAUGGGGUUCUUGAAUCACCGGAGGACGAUCAGAUGCAUUCAAAAAGCAGUUUUUCACGUUCAAUGAGGAUUUUGAGUAUGGGUUUUAUAUCAAUUAAACCACCCAAUUCACUCCGAAAUCUCAAUUAGACCACCCAAAAAAAAAGUAUAUCAUUUAAAACAUUAAUUUAAGAUAAAAUAUCACUCCGUUAAUUAGCAAUAAAAUGAUUGGACGGAAAUCUGAGCUGGCAGAGGACGUGGCACUUCAUCUGUUCCAACGGCUAGUUGCUGGUGUAUAUAUACGAUACUUAUAUCGAAAAAACUAGGGUUCAUAACACUGUAAGCUUCUCCACACUUAUCAAUGGCUGAAUAUGAUGUGUUUUGCGAAUGUAAGAGGAGUGCUGCGAUUCGAACAUCACGGACCUCUAAAAAUCCAGGGAGGCGUUUCUGGUGUUGUGCCAGAUUGAAGAAUGAGAAACCAUGCAAUUUCUUCAUGUGGCUGGAUAAUGAAACAAUGGGUUUGGCAGAUGAUGGUCUGGAGGAAAAAUUGAAGCAACUUGAAGAUAAAUUGGCUAGAAAAAGUAUGAAGAACAAGCAGUUGAAGAAGCAAAAGCCAGAACAAUUUAUGUAUUUCUGUAUUGUUAUUGUGGUGAUGUUUGCUGUCAUGGUCCUCAAAUUAUAAAGAAGGCAUGAACUUGUAAUUUUUCAUUGUUAUGAAUGAGAAAUAACAUUACAAUUUCAGAC